UUGUUCUGGCGGUGUGACGUCAUUAGGCUGCGCUGCACUCCUGCGUCUGUUGAGGUCUGCUGCAGAAAGACCUGAUGCUGCAAGAAAUGGAAGAGAAAACUCGGUAUGAGGAAAAUCCUGAUUUCAUAACUGGAGAAAAACCUUUUAUUUGCUCCCAGACUGAAAAGUCCCAACAUGAGGUUUCUUCUGAGAAGAGAGCCAAAAAGACAAGCGCUAGAAGUCUCUUCAGCUGCCAACAGUGUGGAAAGAGCUUCAAACAAAAAGAAAACCUUAAAGUCCACACGAGAAUCCACACCGGAGAGAAACCUUUCAGCUGUCAACAGUGUGGAAAGAGCUUCACGCAGAAGGUAAGCCUCACGUUUCAUAUGAAAGUUCACACUGGAGAGACCCCAUACUCCUGCCAGCAGUGUGGAAACCGCUUCACUGAGAAACGAAGCCUUGAAAUCCACUCGAGGAUCCACAGCGGAGAGAAGCCCUUCUCCUGCAGAGAGUGUGGGAGACGCUUCAUUCGAAGAGAAGACCUGAAGAGUCACGCCAGAGUUCACAGCGGAGAGAAGCCUCACACCUGUCCUCAGUGUGGAAAGAGCUUCACAGAGAAAGGAAACCUGUCGACUCACAUGAGGAUCCACACCGGAGAGAAACCUUUCGUUUGUGUUGAGUGUGGCGGCAGCUUCAGAAGUAAAGCCAACUUCAACUGCCACAUGAAGAAACACUCGUGAAACACUCACACCUGGCCUCAGUGUGGACACCUUCAUGACAGACGGAAACAGGAGAGAUUUAUAUCCUCAGCAUCAUGUGUUCAUCAGAUGUUCCUCAAUAAAAGAGCAUCAGCUGUACGCCGAGUGACACAGACAUACUGAGAAUCAGUUUUAAAACAGUUUUGGGAUCAGUCUCAGUAAGUUUUAAUGUGGAAUUGGAUGUUUACACAAGAACGGUCUACUGUUUGUUAAACACUUGACCAUUUCAAUAUGGAGUCAGUAUUGACCUUGUACAGUACAGUUAGUAGAUCUGAGCGGGUGAUUAACAGCUGUCCACCAUGUUAAUAUGCCAAUGAAUGGUCUAAAAACGAGCAUCUUAUUACUAAUGUGGCUUGGUGAGUUUAAAACAUCUGUCCUUAUAUAAUUAUAUCAUUUACUAACCAAAUUAUACCACUUUAGAUUAGGGAACAUUCAUUGUUCACUACUAACUAGAUGCUAAUUAGCAUGCAUAUUUUUAGCAUAUUGGCUGUUUAUUAGUACUACUUAAUUCUCUUUAACCCUACACAUCUAAACCUUAACUUAAUAUUAACAUCAGACAGUUAGGUGUUUAUUGAGGAAAAACUUUCAGUCAAUAGUGAUUGUGUUUCCAAUAAUAAUACUGUAAUUCAUUGACUGCAGAAUAUUUCUUCACAUUUACACAGAAGCAAAGCUGUCGAUUCAGUAGCACUGUUAUUUCAUAGCAUAGAUCUGAUGUACAGUAUCGUAGAACACAUACUUUAUAAAUCGAGCAGGGGUCUUCAACUACUCUUCUUUGAGGGACAGAUAUUAAAAAUGUAGAUAUGAUGCAGGCCUAAGUGUUACCAUACUCUUUAAACCUAUCAUAUAUUAUUGUGUUAUAAUCUAUGUUGUUUUUGUUACAGGUCAUACAUUAAAAACAUGCACACACAUGUAUGAUAUUUACUUACUCUUGUCCCCAGGGCUGCGUUAAAGGGUUACUCCACCACAAAAUGGACAUUUUUGUCAUUAUUCACUUACCCCCAUGUCGUUCCUAACCCGUAAAAGCUUUGUUCAUCUUCAGAACACAAUUUAAGAUAAUUUGGGUGAAACCAGGAGGCGUGUAACUGUCCCAUAGACUGCCAAAUAAAUAACAGUGUCGAGGUCCAGGAAAUAUAUGAAAGACAUCGUCAGAAUAGUCCAUCUGCCAUCGGUGGGUAAACCAUAGCUUUAUAAAGUGACGAGAAUACUGUUUGUACGAGAAGAAAACAAAAAUAAUGACUUUAUUCAACAGUUCCUCUCGUCUGUGUCUCUCCAAAGCCACAGAAAAGCGUACGCCUCCUGCAUACUGCUCAGAUUUGUCAAGAGGGCACUACGCUGAUUUGGAGAGACACAGAGGAGACAAAGUGUUGAAUACAGUCAUUAUUUAUGUUUUCUUUGUGUACACUCUUUACUUUAUAAACUACUUAAAUGUCUUAAUUUAACUAAGGCCUCCUGUCCAGGAAAUACAGUUUGUAAUAUGGUCUUGACUCUGUAAAAUGCUGAUGUUACUAUAUAUAUAAUGUGAGUUACACAAUCAUGCAGCAAAUACAUUAUGUAGUUCUUUUAAAAAAAA